CUGUCUUCUUCGUCCUCCUCCUCCUCUCACAGACUUGUUUGUCUUCCUGCAGGGACUCGUCUCCUCUUCUUCUUCUUGUCUUCGUGUCUUCUUCUUCUCUUUGUACUCCUGUCAUCCUCCAGCCGCCGACGUCAGUGGAACGUUUCAAUCCCCUCUGAUAUUCAGGUUAAUCUGAUUGUGAAGCUUUCCUCUGAGACGCCUCCUCGUCAAUGACGGCCAAGAUGGAGACUCCUUUUUACCACGAUGACUCUCCAGCCGUCCCCGGCUUCAGCCAGAUCGCCGAAUACGAGCGUUACCCAGGAAACAAGAUGCUGAUGAGUAAAAAGGCCAUGCAUAUGGUGGGCAACCAUCACUUCCAUGGCAGUGGCAGCGGUGCAGGAGGAGGCAGGGGCGGGAACCACAACAACCUGGGACUCGGCGGGAACAGCUCCCUGAUGACAGCAACGGUGUCCUCGGCAGCGUCCUCAGCAGACAUGAACCUGCUGAAGCUGGCAUCCCCAGACCUGGAGCACCUGAUCAUCCAGUCCAACCAGGGACUGGUCACCACCAGCCCCGUGAACAACGCCCCUAACCCCUUCAUGUACCGCAACCAGGCCACCAACGAGCAAGAAGGAUUCGCAGACGGCUUCGUCAAGGCACUUGCUGACCUUCACAAGCAGAACCAGCUGGUAGGAGGUGGGCCCAUGUCCCCACCCUCGUCCUCCGCCAGCCUGCAGGCAUCCUAUCAGAGGAACCUGAUGCCUGGCAGCGACAUGCCCGUCUACACCAACCUCGGCAGCUACAACCCAGGUCAGAUGGCAUACCCUGGUGGUCAGAUGGUGUACGGUGGUGGCUCAGGCCACGGUGGCGGUGGGCACCCUCACCCCCAAACACGAGGUCUGGACGCCCCUCAGACCGUCCCUGAGGUGCCUCACCCGUCUGGAGACCCUACAUCCCCACCCUCACUCUCCCCGAUCGACCUGGAGACACAGGAGCGAAUCAAAGCUGAGCGCAAGAAGCUCCGCAACCGCAUCGCAGCGUCCAAGUGUCGCAAGCGGAAGCUGGAGCGGAUCUCGCGGUUGGAGGAGAAGGUGAAGGUUCUGAAGAGCCAGAACUCGGACCUGGCCUCCACUGCCGCCAUGCUGCGGGAGCAGGUCGCUCAGCUCAAACAGAAGGUCAUGAGUCACGUCACCAAUGGCUGCCAGAUUGCUGUUGGUGCAGCCGCCAAGUCCGGGGGAGGAGGAGGAGGGACCGGCAGCGAGGACUCCAGCUGCUGAGGAGGCGGGACAUCGGGAGGACAAGAGAGAGAAAAUAAGCCAAGAGGCGAAGGUUUACUUUUAUGUUUUUGGCGUUUGCACUCGUGCUCUCGGUCAGAGCGAGCAGAAAGCAUGCGGCUCAGUGUCGUCAAUAACGCCUUAGCGGGACUGAUGGAUGUUUAUCGGGAUUUACUGAACCCGACAGUCCCCGCAAACCUCUGUCAAUCAUCCAACCAGGGUGGGCGGGGCUUAGAGAGGAGACAGGAGGGAUGGAUCCUAGGACGUGAGCAAAGUUUUACUCACGUUGGACAAUCUGGAGUUUUUGAUAAUAAACAGAUGGUGAUGGAUUUUAUUUGAAGAGACUGUUUGACAGCAGAGUUUGAUAUUUAAAGUGAUGUGUGUGUGUGUGUGUGUGUGUGUGUGUGCGCGCGUGUGUGUCUGUUUGUGGUAACUGACACGAUAUAUUCAACAGGUGAAAUUGUGAUUUCAUGACAAUAUUCUUUAUUUUCAGACUUCUCAGUAAUUUCACCUCCAGAAUAAAUAACAUGCUAAGAUGAACAUUUUUAUAGUGUGAACUUAAUCUUUUAUUAGUUGAACCAUAAAGAGAAGUUUGCUUUUAACAUAAAUGUCUUUUAUGUGGUAAACUCUUCAGGUAAUCAGAUUACUUUUGGUUGCAGAAUGAAGACUGUAAUUGGAUUUUUCUUGCAUUCAUUUACAAUAAGCAGUGACAAAUGAACAAAUGAACAGCUUUCAAAUAGUGGCUGAUGCUGCAGUUUGUUUUGUAAUCUCAUUGCUGUAAUCUGAUUACCUUUAUUUCACUACAAAACAACAGAGUAAUGCAGCUAAAAAACAUCUUUACUUUGACUCUGAACUUGUUUGUGUAAUCAGAUUACUGUAAUCUCUUUACAUAACUGUAACUACAGCUCAGCUUAUCAUCCAGUGAAGAUUUAAAUCCAGUGUUGAACUGUGCUUCUGUGUUUUAUUGGUUUGUUGUUU